ACAUUUGUCGGUGAAUUGUUUCAGGGAAAUAAACAGUUAUUUUGGUAAACAGUUGUAUGAAUUACGCAGAACGUGCUGUUGUCGCUAAAAAUAUUUGCUGCUGUCGCUAAAAAUAAUUUAGGUUAGAAUAUAUAAACUAGUCACUCAAAUUAUGGAAUCAGUAAAGCACUGUUGUUCCGAUACAAACGCAUCAAAAUUCAAAUAUUCGGAUAUGGCGUGUUCGGAUAACUUACAUCAUUGUGGGGACACGGAUGAUAUGGAAACACACGAGAGUGGUCAUUCAGCUCUUAAAUCACUGAAGCCCCCAGCUACACUUGAUGACCUUAUAGAGGGCCUUCAUAAAAUAUUUGCCUAUGAUAAAGUAAAUGUGGACUUUGUAAAAUCAUACAUGGGCAUGUAUAAAAGCAAUUACAAAGAAUGGAAGAAGUAUGCUAAGUGGGAUGUUCACAGAUACACAAGGAAUCUGGUAAAUGAUGGAAAUGGAAAGUUCAACUUGAUGAUUCUCUGUUGGAAUGAGGCCCAGGGUUCCAGCAUUCAUAGUCAUGCAAAUGCUCAUUGCUUCAUGAAGAUAUUGGAUGGACAGGUUCAAGAGCAGCAGUUUGAUUGGCCGUCAGAAUCUGACCCUGAGAAAGAAAUGACUGUGCAACGGGUGGCCAUGCAUAAGAAGAACGAGGUCGCCUACAUCUGUGAUGAGAUAGGCCUUCAUCGGGUUGAGAACCCAAGUCAUUCUGACAAAGCCGUCACCUUGCACUUGUAUUCACCACCAUUUGAUGAGUGUGACACUUUUGAUGAGAAGACAGGUCACAAAAAUAGAUGUCAAGUGACUUUCUGGAGCAAGUUUGGAAAGAGAGAAUCAGAUGGUUCCAGCAGUCCAGAGAACAACUAGAGUCAUAUACAUGUAUACAGACGGACAGAUAGACAGACAAGUAUAGCAGCUAUGUUAAAUGGACAUUAGAAUUUUUGGACAAUGACACCUCAAACUUUGUAGUAUACACACACAUAUAUAUAUAUAUAUACCCAGAGUCUUAUAACGCUGUGUUAAGCCUGGAUCUUUCUAGUUAAUAUACAUAUACAUAUUGCAUAAUAUAUUUUUUUACACAGUGUCUUAUAACAUUAGAACACAGUAUUAUCUAUUGGAAUUGUUACACAAGUUUAUUAGGCAUAUAGAAAAAGUAGAUAAAUAUUAUAUAGGAACUUAUUAUUCAGGAUUAUAGUUGAGUUGACUUAGUGCAGUAACGGGUAAGCACCUUAUAUCAUUCAUAAAGAGUUAGCCCGUUACUGCACUGAGGUGAUGAUACACAACCAAAGAAAAAAUUAUAGCUGCUGAAACUACUUUAUAACUCAUUAAGUUUUAUUGUUAUUUAGAUUUUAGCUUACAAACUUUCAAAUUCAUGAACUAGCAUUUUGUAUUAAAACUAAGAUUUUAUUUUAGUACCAGUCUAAAAUUAGUUUGAGUACCACAGACUGACUUUAUUUAAAGCUUAGAUUUUUAAAACAAGUCUAAAAUAAGUUUCUGUUCCAGUCUGACUUGAUAAACAGUCAAAAUUUUCAAAAGCAGUCUAAAAUUAGUUUGAGUACCAGUCUGACUUGAUAUAAAGCCAAGAUUCUAAAAAAAAAAAACAGUCAAGUGUGAAAAUAUGUAAAAUUGAUUACCUGUCACAAAUAACGACAUAAGGACUUGAUUGUGAUUGGUAAAUUAUUGUUUUGAACCAACCAAUCAGGUCGCAUUGUAUGAGAAUGGCUUAUAAUUAACAAUUUCUUAUUGUGUGGAUAACUUAUGAAAAUGUUAUAUGUUAUGAAAAAAUGUUGAUGUGUAGAUUUCUUGUAGAUCUCAUCAAACAACUUAACAUUUCAUCUAUUUGGCAAAUCAUGACAUUGUCUCUUUUAUUGUUAUGCAUUAAAUGCAGAAAAAAAAAUGUACUUUUUAAAAAAAUUACGAAAAUUAAGAAUCCAUGAAAGCUUUUGAUGGAAACAAGUUGGGCAAUACCUAGGCUCUUCCUCCACCAGAAUGCAGAAGCUGGGCUUAGCCACCAUUGAACCAAGGAUUGGCCUCCAUCUGUUAGUGGUAUAUAGGUAAUUUCUCAUUCAGUUAAACUGAAAAGCUGUGUUGUGACUUUUUUUAAAGUGUCAGUAAAACUGGAAAAAAAUUGGUUUCAAAAAAAAAAUAUUUUGAAGACUAUAUUAAGGAAUUGUUUGUCACCUUAUUGCUGUAAUGGGUUAAAUUCUUAUUUAAAUUAAUAGGAGUUAACCUGUUACUGCACUAAUGUGACAUAAUACUCUUCGAGUACAUCUUUAAUGAGCGUCUGAAUGUAUGAAAUUUUUAACUUUGAAUGAAUGUGGGUGAGUGACGAUGCAAUAUAAGUGCUAUAGCUUAAAUCCAGGCCUCCAGGUUAUAAUUUUAUUUCUGAGUUUUGACUCAAAUCUCAGGAUUUUCAUUGGACAGUGUACAUUCUGAGCUGGUUUUUUGACCAAUCAAAUAACCUGAGAUCUAAGUUUGAGCUUGGGGAAAAUUUCUUUAUAACUUCUGGGCCAGGAGUGCUACGGUUAAAGAAUAUGCAGUCAAACUUGUAAUAAAGAACACUUCUAAUAAAGACCACUUCUAAUAAAGACCACUUCUAAUAAAUAAUUUAAGAUCUACCUGUAAAUAAAGACCACUCUUUGUGAAAUCCUUCAUUUAAAAAAAAAUAACAAAUUAACCUCCAAGUAAAGUCCACUUGUCUUUAAAGGACAUGCAAUUUACAUACCAUUAUUAAUAUAGAAUGUAUAAUGACUUUGGCGUGUUGCCAAGUUGUUAAGAUUGUUUAUUUCAAAUCACUUGCCCCCUCACAGUGAAUUUAAUCUGUCUCAGGAUUGGAAUUCUUUCAUUUGUCAAAUGUCCAGCUGGUUAUUGAAGGUUGUACGCUAUCUCAUGUCAGAUGUUAAUAACAGAGUGUCACAUGAGAGUCGUCCUUGACCCGUAAAGUUUGAAGGUCGCCAUUUGACCUUCACAUUGUCAAAUGUGACUUAAAAGCUUAAUAAUGUUCAUUUACAGUAAACUCUUCUUAGAUUUAAAACUGGAAUACUUCUCUUUUGAUGUAUGAAACAGUUACGAAAAUCUGUUGGGUUGGGUUUUUUUAUUGUCAAAAUAAAAUUUAAUUUCAACUUUUUUUAUCAAUUUUUUUUCUUUUUAUAUUGUUUUGUUGUUUUUUUUAUUUCUGUGUAAAAAAUGAAAGAAUUUUGUUUUGUUUGAUUUAAAAAAAAAAAAAAUUGUGAUUUUAUUAUUACACGCUUAUUGUGGUUUUGGAUGUACACUUAUGUAUUGUAUAGAUAAUAGAUGAUGUAUUAUGGACUUUAUUAUUGAAUAAUAUGCAUUAAAGUGGAUUGGUCCAUAGUCGGCACAUUUUCUACAAGUAUUUCAUAUAUGAUAAAAACAAUGGAAAUGUAUCAUUUGGAUAUUCUGAUAAAAUGUUGCUUGAAAUAAAAAUGUUGAUAAAGUUAUAAUUUAGAAUGAACAUUUAUAUGAUAUAUAAUAAUAUUUUGCUCUUGAAUAUUUUAUUAUCUGCUUUAUGUAUGUAUAAUCUCGGGUUAUGUUUCUCGCAAUUGCCAACAUGUUUAAUUUUUUUGUGUGUUUUUUUUUUGUUAUGUCUAAUACUAAAUACUAUCAACGUAAUAAUUAUUCAUUGAAUUACAGACCUGCCAUUAUAGACCAAUUCACUUUAAUUUGUUUGAAAAUUAAGUUCAACUAAUUGCACUUUCUGUUGAGAUUUUGAGCUAUUCUAUGUAUGGGCAAUGUUUCCAAAAGGCGAGAAUUUCGACCCGCUAAACUCAAAUAUCUCAAAAUCUAGCUUCAAAGGUCCAAAUAUUUGACUCACCUAAUAUAUGUACCGGUGUAUUGUAUAAUGUUUUACUCUUGUACUUGAACAUCAUUGCAUUGCCUUUCUUUCAGUCUUUUUUCAUUAUAUUCACUGUAUCAUAAAAUCCAUUUACUUAUUUACUUACACUAAACUGAUUCUGUGAAAUAAGUGUUUAUAUGCCACCACUUUUGGAGCGGAAUUGGUGUGGGUGGGGGGGGGAUAUACUAUACAUGCCUUUUCCUAGUAUCACCAAAGGUCAGAUUACCAGACCCAUUCCAAAUGGCAAAUAUGCUUAUAUUUUCCCAAUCUUUAAAGAAAUUCCCGAUGGUACUGAACUUCUCAAUAUCAAAACUGACAAAUUUGCAGAAGUUUGUUCCAGCUGUCUGCCGCUUAACCGGAUCAUUUGCUUUAUCUGGUUUUCCUGAAUAAACGUGUAAAUUGUGCAAAAUAUUCCAAAAACAUAAGGCAUUUAAAUGCUGUUAAUUAAUCAAAUGGGGCUAGGAAUUGCAUAAAUUAAAUACACUUUCGAGUUAAUUCUGAGCAUAUUUCUUUAUAUUCUUUUGAUUUUUUUUUUCAUUUUGAUCGGUCAAGCUGAUCUAUAUAAAAAUAAAAUGUAUAUGAUUUUAGGUUUUUGUAUCUCAAGGGUGGUAAUUAAGUUAUAACUAAAGGGAGGUAAUAGGUAUUACAAACAGAGUCUAUAUAGGGACAUAUACUCGGGGUGGCUAUAUUAUUCAUUUGAACUGUUUUCUUGUAGAUUUUUGUUGAGUACUGUUAUUGUAUUACUAUCCACAUGGUUUUAUUCAAGUUAGAUUAAUUUUCACAAAAUAUUCAUUCACAAAUCAAUUUCUAAAUGAAUUCAUAGUUAUCCUAAAUAAAUAGGUUCGGCCACAAUUGCGAAUAUCUUAUUUUUUUUUCAGCUACACUUUCAAUUUUGAAUAUGAUGGUAACGAAAAUUUACAAAUAUGAGGAGAAAGGCAAAUACUGAUCUUGGUGGAAAAAAAUUUUAAAAAAAGAAUCUAAAGCUUUCUAAAGUAUAGAUAAGAUUUGUUAUAUUUUUUUGUUUUUAUAAUUAUUUAUCUGAGGUUACAUCAUUAUGAUUCUUUUCAUUAAAAAUGGUUUGUUAAUAAAGGGAUAUAUAUUUAGUGUAAAAUUGAUUUUUGAAAUUUUUGUUCUAUCGCUGUAUCAUUUUGGUACGUACAUGUAUAGGCAUAAUUUUUUAACAUAGGAGAAAUAAAACAACUUUUGAGUUUGGCAAAGAAAAUGCACGCUUGUUCACCAAAUGACUUAUAUUUAUUAAUGUAAAAGAAAAUAUGAUAAAAUUUAUGACUUGUUAGUGUUUAUUAUUAACUGUUUUGAUCACAUCACAUUUGACAUCAUUUACUUUGUAAACAAACACAGCAUUAAAAAAAGCAUUAAAGCGCACUAAUGUUAGUGUUACACUUUAGGCGCAUCAAAGAAAAAAUGGCUCUUUUUUAACUGUUAACCGUUCUUAUUUUGAAAAUGUGAUAAAAAGAAUAUUAUAUUCGUAUAGAUUCAAUAUUAAAUUUAUUGAAUGAGGCUCGCAUAAUAUGAUUUUAUUCAACUCGUUCAAUAAAUUUAGUAUUAAACCUAUACUUAUUCAAUAUCCUCUAUAUAUAUGUUAAGAUAGAACAUCUCAAGAUUCAGCAUAAUAUCAUUGUGUAUGAUAAACUGUUCACUUUGUGGGACCUUUUAGCAUUUGUGUAUAUCAACAUUAUUUGUAAUUAAUCAGACUGAAUAAAAACAUGUUUGUGAA